CACUCAUGACACUGGUGUGGAUAGAAAAGAACUGACAAGUGCUAAAAACAGAACUGACAGACGAGUUUGAAAGCUGAUACAGUAUUCUACUAAUCCUUGUGAACUUUGCUAUGGUGUUUCGAAACAACAGAAUGAUCAAAUUUGUAAUAUUUAUCUAUUUAUAUUUAGGCAUAACAUAUUAGAUCUCUGCCGUGAGCAGCGUGUUUCUCAUUCUUUUGGUUUUGAUACCAUGUCGCACCAUUGAUUAGCUGGGUGUAACAUCACCGUUUGGUAGAAUUGUUGACAUUUUACGGCCAAUACAUGGAGAGUGGGAACUGAUAUUUUCGUCCAUGAUACCAUGCUUGUAUUUAAAGUCUUUAUUCUUGAGCGCAUAACGCAAACAUAACUGCACGUAGCUUAGUUGUAAAUUCCAUAUCACAAUAUGAUCACAUGCCGGGAAUCUUAUUAAAAGAAAACAAACACCACGGAAAGAUGAUAAACCAAAACCCAUCAGAGAAACAAUACAUAAGGAAUCUUGGAGAGGAAAAUGUCGACGAAUUUCGCGUUUCUGACGGCAUAAAACAACUUCUUUGAUCGUGACAUGUAGUUCAAGGAUGGUUUCUUCUUUGGAACUGUACGUGCGUGACGCUAUGUAACUACGCCCCCGAUAUGCCCCCGCAUAUCGCGUCAUAUCAACUUCCGGUAUUCUUAUCACCUUUUGGUUAUUAUUGUACAGCGGAAUAACCAUGCUGUGACGUCAUUCAACAUGGCGGACGAGAGCGGUUUGAAAAUAAACAAAACUCACUACAGAGAAGUGCAAAGCUUAUCGCUCAGUUCCUGUCCUGAAAAACUUCGAAUCCAUCUACUAGAACGUAAAGAUCCGGCAGUUUUUGAUGGCGCAGCAAAGCAGUGGGCAUGUUCUGACUGGACACCUGAAUUUCUGGCUCAGGAACUUGGCGAUCUUCGAACAAAUUUCCGAGUUUGUGCGAGACAGAACCUGUCUGUUAAUGGAGGUUCGUGCGAGAAAACCAUUAUGGAAACAGACUGCGUAUUUGAGAAAGCAAGCUUUGAAGAAUUUAAUCAAUGGUUGAAUGGUUGCACAGAAAGAUCGGGAUGUUUGUCCCGUUUCCAAAGAGAAAACUAUUGGUGCUAUGCAGAUUACAAAUAUAUGGCUCAACUGUUCAAAGAUUUUCCUCAUUUACGUAAGUCUGUUGACUGGAACUGCUUUGGUUUUCCUGAGAGAAGUGGUGAUGAAUCAACAAUAUGGAUUGGAAGUGCUGAAGCUUCAACUCCUUGCCAUGUUGAUACAUAUGGCUGUAAUUUAGUUGCACAGAUUUAUGGCUCAAAGAAGUGGAUCCUCUUUCCACCGAGUGAAACCUCCAACUUGUAUCCAACCAGAAUUCCAUAUGAAGAAUCCAGUGUGUUUAGCCAAGUUAACAUCACCAAUCCAGAUUUAACAAGGUUUCCGGCCUUUGAAAAUGCUCUUGGAUAUGAGGUCAUUCUUAAACCAGGAGAUGUUCUGUUUGUGCCUAAGAAGUGGUGGCAUUAUGUGGAAUCAUUAGAAACAUCAAUAAGCAUGAACACAUGGAUUGAACUGGAUUGUGAUCAUUUGGAAAGAGUCAAGGAGGCACUCAUAAGAACACUGGUGUCUGCCCUAAAGAAGGAGGAGGGAGCAGCUGAAGAAACAUGGCUGAACCCAUCAGAGGAAAUUGGAACACAUGCACAGAACAUGAGUUACUUGAAUCGAGCACUUUGUGCAGUGAAACAAGGGACUAGCUGUGAUGUUGAUACACCUAACUUGGAUGGAACACUACACAGACAUAUGGAUCGCAAUCAAACUACGAUUUCUACAGAUGACCUUAUAAACUCCAUAACAUCUCCUGAGGUUAUCAAUGCAAUAAUGUCCAAAGCUCUAGACAAAUUUGGAAUUUUCCAAACAAUUAACUUGUCCUUGGAGUCUCCAGGUGUAGUAGACCAAAAAUUGGAGCCCAAACAGACAGUCAAAAAUGGAAGAAACAUGAACUGUAAUUCUAGUUCUGGCAGUUAUGAACUGGAUGAAUCAGUGAGAUCUGAGCCUUUUGGUUCAGGGUUUUUUGAGUCAUCCACCGAACAGGAAAUUUCAGAGUGUCCCCCACUGAAAAGAGUGUGUACUGAUGAGGAAAGAAAUUAGAAACUUCUUUUUAUUGGAAGUACUUAAUGUGACACAAAGGAUGAAAACCAGUGCAGUGUGAACACUGUCAACAUUCCCUAAAUAGGAAUAAAAGUAUUGUCAUUAAGAGGAAGUGCCUCCAUCCACGGAGUGGAUUCAUAAAAAGUUAACCGGUGUUUAAAAGUGGUACCACGCAAGGUAGAAUUUAAUCCAGGCCAACAACCAACUUCUGUUUACAGUCAAAUUGACUGAUAAAUUCAUUCUGUCCUUGAACUUCUCUGCACAAAACACAUCAGUUACUACCUUCACAACCGAGAGUUUAAUGUUUGCGUUAGUACUCAGACUCUCAUUAAUCAAUAGGUGUUUAGAUAACAGUAGGUAAACAUGGUAUUAAAUACUUCCUCUUUUUGAGAAA